UGCGAAUUGCUCUCCAGCGUAAAUUCGUAAUGAAUCGCAACCGUUUACGUACUCAAAUCUCUCUCUACCCGCCAAUUUCCGUCUCUUCUGAUCUCUCUUUCUCUCUCUCUGGAGAAAGGAACAAUGUCUACCAUUAUUGUUCUCUUUCUCUGUAUUCUUAUCUCCACAGUCAUUACACAGCCAAGAAGUCUUGCUGUCCCUCGAGAACCCCGCAACUUCUCUCAGAACCUUAUCCCUUUCCACACCCCCACUGAUUCGCCUUCAAACCCGCCAUUGACCGGUCGCUUAGUGCCCGCUCUCUUCGUCAUUGGCGAUUCCUCUGUUGACAGCGGCACCAAUAAUUACCUUGGCACCUUUGCUCGUGCUGACCGCCCUCCUUAUGGUAGAGAUUUUGACACACACAGGCCCACUGGAAGGUUCUCCAAUGGCAGAAUUCCUGUUGAUUAUCUGGGUGGAGAAGUUAACAAGAAAAUGAAAGCAUUGCGCCUUGGGCUUCCCUUUUUACCAAGUUAUCUUGGGCAGGUGGGAACUGUUGAAGAUAUGAUUCAUGGAGUGAAUUAUGCAUCUGCUGGUGCUGGAAUAAUAUUCUCAAGUGGAUCAGAAUUGGGUCAACGAAUCUCCUUCGCCCAACAAAUCCAGCAAUUUACAGAUACCUUACAGUCAUUUAUCUUAGGCUUGGGUGAGGAUACUGCAAAUGAUCUCAUCUCCAAUUCCAUCUUUUAUAUCUCAAUAGGAAUCAAUGACUAUAUACAUUACUAUCUUCGUAAUGUAUCCAAUGUACAAAACUUGUAUCUUCCAUGGAGUUUCAGCCAGUUCUUAGCAUCAACAAUAAGGCAUGAAAUUAAGAACCUGUACAAUAUGAGUGUGAGGAAAGUGGUGGUCAUGGGAUUGGCACCAAUUGGUUGUGCUCCUCACUACUUGUGGAGGCACAACAGCAAGAAUGGAGAGUGUAUCACAGAGAUAAAUGACAUGAUUAUGGAGUACAACUUUUUCAUGAGAUACAUGAUUGAAGAGCUUGGUCAGGUGCUACCUGAUGCAAAACUCACCUUCUGUGACAUGUAUGAAGGCUCUAUGGAUGUAAUUAAGAAUCAUAAACAUUAUGGUUUCAAUGUGACCACUGAUGCUUGCUGUGGGUUAGGCAAGUACAAGGGUUGGAUCCUGUGCAUUGCCCCAGAAAUGGCUUGCAGCAAUGCUUCCAACCAUAUCUGGUGGGACCAGUACCAUCCAACUGAUAGGGUGAAUUCCAUUUUGGCAGAUAAUGUGUGGAACGGCUUGCACACGAAAAUGUGCUAUCCCAUGAACCUGAGAGACAUGGUUGAUCCUGAAGUGAAAUAAUUUGAUGCAGAAGCUUUAAACAUGCUGGAUACUACAUUUGUUUACUUAACCCUGGAAUUUUCCAUUUGCCUAUUCUUUGUGUGUAACAUUCAUGUAACUCUCCAGACUGAGAUGGUGGAAUUGGGGGACAUAGCUAUCUUAGCUAUCGUUCACUUGUUGAUAUCAUCUUCCAUAUCUUACUCAGUGGAAAGCAGUUACAGACUUGUGACUUUGUUGAUUUAAUAAAAUUCCAAGUACUGUAAAGCAGAACAGGUCAAUUUAUGGACCCAAAACCUGAAAAAUUCCUACUUUAUAACUCAAGCGAAGUGGUGAGCCACUUAAUAUCUGGUUC